UAAAAUUUAUUAGACGGAUUAAAAAGAGAAAUAUAGCAAAAUUGGUAAAACAAAGGGAAUAAUGUUUAAUAAAUAAAAGUUACUCUAAAAAUUGGGGCCUACCAGAAUCGGUCUCUCUGCAAUAGCUGACGGAGACUGGGUCCAUAACCUGGUCGCUUUGGCCUGAUGUUACCCAAAAGGGAAAAGAGUAAAAGGAAAUCCGUGUUGCAACUCUUGGCUCUUGCUUCUAUAAAUACAACAAACGUGAAGCAUUUCUUUAUUGUCUGUCUAACUAUCAUCCUAGCUAAGCUACUUUCUAUUGAGUCUUUAAAGUUAAAAUUUGAAGACAAUUCUCUGCUUUGAUUUCAUCCAUUCCUUAGCUUCAUAAAAACCCAUCAAACAAACCCAAUGGGAAGCCUUGGCGGCCUUGAAUUUACAAACUCAUCAUCUCCUCACGAAUUCAAACCUUUAGAUCAUGAAGAAUUUCGCAAACAAGCUCAUAAAAUGGUAGAUUACAUAGCAGAUUACUAUAAAAACAUAGAAAAAUACCCGGUUUUAAGCCAAGUCAAACCCGGUUAUUUAGUAUCUUCCCUACCCCAAACGGCACCGUGUAAUCCAGAGUCAUUUGAGGCAAUAGUAGAAGAUGUAAGUAAGUACAUAUUACCAGGAAUGACUCAUUGGCUUAACCCUAAUUUCUUCGCAUUCUUUCCGGCAACUGUUAGUUCUGCCGGUUUUGUUGGAGACAUGCUUUGUAAUGCUUUUAAUAGUGUUGGGUUCAAUUGGCUUGCUUCACCAGCUGCUACGGAGUUAGAGAUGGUUGUCAUGGAUUGGCUUGCUUCCAUGCUCAAACUGCCCAAGUCAUUCAUGUUUUCAGGGACAGGAGGAGGGGUGAUACAUGGAACAACAAGUGAGGCAGUAAUAUGCACACUUGUUGCGGCAAGAGAAAGAGCAAUGCAAAGCAUGAAACAUGAUUAUGAUCCUUCAAAAUUAAUUGUUUACGGUUCAGAUCAAACACAUUCAACCUUUGCUAAGGCCUGCAAGUUGAUCGGCAUCCCACUCUCCAAUGUCCGAUUAAUUCCUACUUCGCUUCACUCUAACUUUUCUUUGCCACCUUCUCUUCUACAGAAAUCUAUUCAAGCUGAUGUAGCAGCUGGUUUUGUCCCACUUUACUUAUGUGUCACUGUGGGUACCACUUCUACUGCUGCUGUGGACCCCUUGGAAGAUCUUGUAAAUAUUGCUGAUGAUUAUGGCAUUUGGGUUCAUGUGGAUGCUGCUUAUGCUGGAAAUGCUUGUAUAUGCCCAGAAUUUAGACAUUAUUUAGACGGUGUUGAAGGAGUGGAUUCACUAAGUAUGGCACCACACAAGUGGCUACUAACUUACUUGGAUUGUUGUUGCUUGUGGGUUAAGAAUCGGACUUUGCUUACUAAAGCACUCAACACUAAUCCCGAGUAUCUGAAGAACAAACUUAGUGACUCAAACUCAGUGGUGGAUUAUAAAGAUUGGCAAAUCGGUACAGGUCGAAGAUUCAAGUCCCUUCGUUUAUGGUUUGUGCUCCGUACCUACGGAAUCACAAAUCUUCAAACUCAUAUUAGGUCCGACGUUUUCAUGGCUCGAAUUUUCAACAAUUUGGUCCGAUCUGAUGCCCGAUUUGAGAUAGUGGCACCCGUCAAUUUCUCCCUGGUGUGUUUUCGAUUCAACCCAAAUAAGUUACCGGUGGUAGAAUCGGAUAAAAUAGAGAGUAUGAACAGGGAGUUAUUGGAGCGGAUCAAUUCAACAGGGAGAGUAUACAUGACACACACAAUUGCUGGUGGGGUUUAUAUGUUGAGAUUUGCUGUGGGAACUACACUCACUCAGGAACACCAUGUGGUUGCAGCUUGGGACCUUAUUAAGAAUCAAGCAGAAGCUAUUAUAUCAAACAAUUUGAACUAAAUCAUUUUGUUUUUCCUAUCUUUUUUUUUUUAAAUUAAGUACUGUGCAUGUUUAUGUUGUCUAUUUUCUUAUUCUUUGUUUAUUUUUGAUCUGUAAGACUCUCAUUAAUUAACAAGAUGAGACAUUUUAUAAGUUAUUAGAAAAAAUUAAAUUAUUCGUUUAAAAAUGAAUUAAACUAAAUUAAAUAGAUGCAUUGUUUUGACUGAAAAA